CGGUCGACGCCCGCAGCCAAUCAGCGCAUUAGGGCCCCGCCCACCUGUCAGCCGCUCCGUGCUGCGGUAUAUAAAGCUCGGCUCCCGGGCGCUGAGCUCACUCUGAGCCUGUCAGUCUCUACGCGUAUCGUACGCGAGCGAAUCCUAAUCGUAUUCCGGGAGGGGAAAAAUUAUUACAAAUUUAUUCCGAAUCAAAAAUUAUGAAAGCCUUUAGCCCAGUGCGAUCCGUCCGGAAAAGCAGCAUAACGGAGCACAGCCUGGCCAUCUCCCGGAGCAAGACGCCGGUGGAUGACCCUAUGAGCCUCCUGUACAACAUGAACGACUGCUACUCCAAGCUGAAGGAACUGGUGCCCAGCAUCCCCCAGAACAAGAAGGUCAGCAAGAUGGAGAUCCUGCAGCAUGUCAUCGACUACAUCCUGGACCUGCAGAUCGCCCUGGACUCUCACCCGAGCAUUGUCAGCCUGCACCACCCGAGGCUGCCCAGCCCCUCCUCCAACAGAAGCCCCCUGACCACCCUGAACACAGACAUCAGCAUCCUCACCCUGCAGGCGUCUGAUUUAUCAACAGAGUUCGUCACGAACGACAGCAAAGCUCUUUGUCCUUAAAGGCGAAAAAAAUUGGUGUUCACAUUGACCGUGUGUUUUUCUUUGCACAACAUCAUGGCUACGACAAGAACUUCUCUAUUUCGUUCUUUCGAGUGACUGCGAAGCUUUUUAUUUUGUGGUGGGAACCAGGAGGGAAGAUUCGAGAGGUGGCUGUGAAAAAGACUCUUAUCCAAUUUUUAAAUUUCUUAUUUUAAUUUUAUGCCCCCAACUUUUUAUUUUAAAUUUUUUUUGGGACUGCUGUUUUUAUUUUUUUUUAGUUAUUUAUGAAAACAUAAAAAAAGAGACUACGAUUUGGGACCUUUCCUAAGGCGGAAGGCUUUAAUACUUAUAAAUAAAUAUCUCUCCUUACGCGGGGAGUGGAAGCGAUCGUUGGACCACAUGGGAUUUGCCACUUUUUGUUUUACCAUCGUUUACCAUAAAAAAACUUUUUUUUUUUU